GGGGCGCACAGGGCCCGGGCGCGCUCCGGGCCGCCGCGGCUCCAGACAACGGGGGCGGGAGGCAGCGGCGCCCCCCGCCCCCCGCGCCCGCCCGCCGAGGAGAGCGCGCGGCGCCUCUCGGGAACGCUGGCCCUGCUGCCGGAGCCCCAGGAGCCCCCAUGAGCGCCGGCGAAGGGAGUCCUGGCUAGCGAGGCCCUGGCUGAACCAGGGCUGGGUCCCCCACCAUGCCACCCGUCCUCAAGCGCCUGCAGCAGGCCACCAAGACCAUGAGCCGCUGGAAAAUCCUGCUGGUGGUGCUCGGGUGCAGCACCGUGAGCCUCCUCAUCCACCAGGGGGCGCAGCUCAGCUGGUACCCCAAGCUGUUCCCGCCUCGCUGCCCGCCCGACCGCGCCUCGCCGCCGCGCCCCAAGCACCUGACCGUGGCCUUCCUGAAGACGCACAAGACGGCGGGCACGACGGUGCAGAACAUCCUGUUCCGCUUCGCCGAGCGCCACAACCUGACCGUGGCGCUGCCGCACCCGAGCUGCGAGCACCAGUUCUGCUACCCGCACAACUUCUCGGCGCACUUCGUGCACCCGGCCACGCGGCCGCCGCACGUGCUGGCCAGCCACCUGCGCUUCGACCGCGCCGAGCUGGCGCGCCUCAUGCCGCCGGGCACCGUGUACGUGACCAUCCUGCGCGAGCCGGCCGCGAUGUUCGAGUCGCUCUUCAGCUACUACAACCAGUACUGCCCGGCCUUCCGCCGCGUGCCCAACGCGUCGCUCGAGGCCUUCCUGCGCGCGCCCGAGGCCUACUACCGCGCCGGCGAGCCGCUGGCCAUGUUCGCGCACAACACGCUGGCCUACGACCUGGGCGGCGACCCGGACCCCGAGCGGCGGCCGCGCGACCGCGCCGCCUACCUGGCGGGCCUCAUCCGCCAGGUGGAGGAGGUCUUCUCGCUGGUCAUGAUCGCCGAGUACUUCGACGAGUCGCUCGUGCUGCUGCGGCGCCUGCUGGCCUGGGACCUGGACGACGUGCUCUACGCCAAGCUCAACGCGCGCGCCGCGGGCUCGCGCCUGGCCAUCCCCGCCGCGCUGGCGCGGGCGGCGCGCGCCUGGAACGCGCUGGACGCCGGCCUGUACGACCACUUCAACGCCACCUUCUGGCGCCGCGUGGCGCGCCUGGGCCGCGCGUGCGUGGAGCGCGAGGCGCGCGAGCUGCGCGCGGCCCGCGAGCGCCUGCUGCGCCGCUGCUUCGGGGAGCGGCCCGUGCUGCGGCCCGCCGCGCAGAUCCGCACCAAGCAGCUGCAGCCCUGGCAGCCCAGCCGCAAGGUGGACAUCGUGGGCUACGACCUGCCCAGCGGCGCCGCGGGCCCGGCCGCCGAGGCCUGCCUCAAGCUGGCCAUGCCCGAGGUGCAGUACUCCAACUACCUGCUGCGCAAGCAGAAGCGGCGCGGCGGCGCGCGCGCGCGCCCCGAGCCCGCCGCCGCCGGCGAGCCGCCCCCGCCGCCGCGGCCCAUCCGGGCGCUGCCCCGCGGCCCGCGCGGCCACUGA